AUGGAAAGUAAUGGUGGAGCAGGAGAAGUAAGAAGAGUGAGAUUAGUUUAUUUCCUUAGCCGUUCCGGUCAUGUUGACCAGCCUCAUCUCUUGUCUGUUCAUCAUAUUUCCCGUAAUGGUGUCUUUCUUCGAGAUGUAAAGCGAUGGUUAGCGGGUGUACGAGGCGAUGCAAUGCCAGACGCAUAUUGCUGGUCAUGUAAGAGGAGGUAUAAGAAUGGAUAUGUAUGGCAAGAUUUAUUGGAUGACGAUCUUAUUACACCAAUCUCUGAUAACGAAUAUGUCCUCAAAGGAUCUGAGAUUCUUCUCAAAUCUCCAAAAGAGGAUUCUCCUCAUGCGGAAAAGAAAGCUUGCGAGACAAGAAAUGGUGGUAACGUCGGAAUAGCGACUAAGAUGAUCCACAAAGAAUCUCCAGUCUUCUGCUCUCAGAGAUCGACGGCGACAACGUCGACAGUCACCGAUGAAUCCACCACGAACGAAGAAGAAAUGGUCGUUCUCAAGAAACAAGACAGGGGAAAAGUAUCCGGUGAAAGAAACGGGUCGGGUAACGAUACAGAACCGGGUCGACCCAGUGUGUCUUCUUCGACGUCUUCGACGUCGUCGGGUUUUAUCAAGAGUAAGAGCUAUUCGAGUGUGCGUGCUUCCCAUUUGCUAAGGAACUUGAUGAAGUGUGGUGGUAUGGACACAAACGAUGUCGUUUCGGUGCCUUUGAAUAAGUCUGCGUCUGGUGCUUUUGGUGCGGCUUGGGAAGAUGAACGCAGAUUCCAAUACCACAAUGCUCGGUAUGCUCCAAAAAAAAGCUUAGAGGAGGCAUGGAGUGGUAUAAAGAUGAAAGAGACAAUUGAGUUUUGUAAACCAAAGGUGGCUUCAAGCAAGCCUUCUAUGGCUCCAUUAUGCUCGUAA